ACUGUACGUCGCUGUCAGGGCACUGUAGCGUUUCAAGACAGUGACAAGCGAAGAGGAAAAGAGAGCAUCGCAAACUUCCACUCAAACAUCAAGUCUUGUUGUUGUUGUUUUCAUCAUGAAAGCCAUCAGUCCCGUCCGCUCGGUGAGGAACUGCUACAAGGCCGUGUGCUGUAUUUCGGAGCAGAGUCUCGCCAUCAGCCGGAAUAAACACUCGUGUCUGGAGGAGCCGGUGGGCGCCCUGUGCGACAUGAACGACUGCUAUUCCAAGCUGAAGGAGCUGGUGCCGAGCAUCCCGCAGAACCAGUCGGUCAGCCAGGUGGAGAUCCUGCAACACGUUAUCGACUACAUCUUCGACCUGCAGAUCGCGUUGGAGGCGGAGGACGCAGCCGCGCCGGAGAUGGUUUUGUCAAUAAAGACUGCGGAUCUUACUCGCAAUUUCUCCAAAGAAGAAGGGCGGUUGUGCCAUUAAGAUGACAUAUUAUGGUGCAGGGAAACACAUGUCUCCACUUCACUCCGGGCAAGAGGACAAGAGGGGCAGAAAGGGUGGGAUAGGUAUUUGGAAGAGAAGGAGGAGGAGAAGGAGGAGGAGAAGGAGGAGGAGGAGGGAGGUGGAGGGUUUAAAAGAAAAGAAAGAAAAGACAAGAAAAAAGUGGACCAUUUCCUAGAUGAGUGGGGAUCAACGGUAGUGCAUGAGCAAGAAAACAGAGACUCAUUCUUUGGCCCCUGGACAGACAAAUCAACACACCAAAGCAGAAGCCAGGAUUGGCAACUGAAAGCGAACGGCUUUAUAUGCCCUCCUCCAAAAACCUGGGAUCCCCUGUAGGUAGAUGUAGAAAUAUUGGUACAUUGUUGUUUUAUUUUAUGUUUUUUUUUGUUUUGUUUUUUUAUGUCUGUUGAAUUUGAAAAACUUUUUUUUUUGUGGGUUAAACUCCACACCCAACCUGAAUCCCUUUCUACACCAAGUCUCACAUCAUCUCACUUAAUUAUCCUUGCAUUAUUUUCCCUCCUUAAUCUGAUUUCUAAUGAUUUGGAGACUGUUACAACUUCAUACGAAUGUGUACAUAUCUGCUGUGGGUAUGUAUGUAAGUCGUGAGUCAAUUUGGAUGUUUUUUUCUGAAUGGAAGUUGGGGUUUUCUUAGGUAUACUCAGAACUCUAUACUAGAGUUAAUUGUGAAUGUUUGUAGGGAUUGUGUUAUUUCUACAGACAAUGUGCUGUGAGUUUUAUAAACUCUUUAUUAUAAAGUGUGCUUUGUAUGUAUGUAUGUAUGUUCUUAUGUAAUGAAAUAAAAAAAAAGAUGUGAAACA